UUAUGGCCCCGCGAGAGUCAAUUAUUAGCCGGUGCAGCGUAUCUCUCGCACCUCCCUCCCUCCCUCAGGACCCCGUGGCCGUCGGUGACGGGGACGGGAGCACAGGCAGCGGUGGAGCACAAGCAGAUCUGAGCAGGUGUUGGUCGAGGCGGCGAGCUCCUCUGGCGACCGGAGCUUAGCCGACAUCACCAACCUCAAGCUGAAAUUUGAGAGCCCUGUCAGUUUUGAGAUCUAAGCAUAUGUGGUAUGGAGGCCAAGCUGCUAGAACAACGCACAAGUGGAAGCGAGCCAAGUAAGCUACCAUACCAAUUGAUAAGAAAGAUUACAAAUGAUUUCGAUAAGGGGCGAAUACUCGGGAGUGGUGGAUUCGGAACAGUUUAUAAGGGUGUGUAUGAAGAUGGGAGAGAGAUUGCCGUAAAGGUACUACAUAACAUUUCCGGAGUAGAUGAUAAGGAAUUUCACAAAGAAUUCGACAAUCUUAGGGGGCUCAAGCAUCCAAAUAUUGUGGAGUUAGUGGGCUUCUGCCAUGAAUGGGAAAAAGAACUUGCAGUGUUUGAAGGGAAACAGGUGACCGCUGAACGUUUGUGUAUGGCGCUCUGCUUCGAAUAUGUACAGAAGGGUAGCCUAAACAAACUUAUAUCUGAUGAAAACACAGGAUUCACCUGGCACAUACGUUACAAAAUAAUCAAAGGGAUCUGUGUAGGGCUACAAUAUCUUCGUGAGGGAGAACAUCCUAUAAUGCAUUUUGACUUGAAACCAGAUAACAUAUUGCUAGAUGAGAAUAUGGUGCCCAAAAUCGCGGAUUUUGGUUUAUCAAAGCUCUUUGGUGAAGAAAACACAAAAAAGACGAUGAGUUCCGCCGGUACCUGUGGAUACUGGCCACCGGAAUAUAUAAAGCAUCAGAUAAUAUCAAGAGAGUUCGACAUAUUUAGUUUAGGUGUGAUCAUUGUAAAGAUAAUGAAUGGACAUGAAAGCUACAAUUCAAUUGUCGAGAUGCCAAAACGAAAAUCUGCUAAGCUUGUACAUGAAAGCUGGAGGAAAAGGCUACGUGGAACAUUGAGUCACACAUCACUCGAAGUAUACUGCAACCAGGUGAAAAGAUGCAUUGAGAUAGCAUUAGAUUGCUUGAUAUCAAACCGACAAGAAAGACCUACUAUACAGGAUAUUGUGUCUAGUUUGAACGAGACUGAAACGAUGAUAGGUGACCGAGGCAUGCAGAAUGAACAGUUCUCUGAAGACGAUGGAGAGUCCACCCUCCCUUCCGAUCUCAGCAGCAUCACCAUCAGCUCCGGUCCUUCUUCAGCAGAGAACUUCCCGUCUGUAGAGCCAAGGGUUAUGCCAUGGAGCUUACUAAAAGAGAUGACAGAUGAUUUUUCUGCAGCACGAUUGGUUGGUAAGGGUGCGCAUGGACAAGUUUACAAGGGAGUUGAUAAGGAUGGACAUGCCAUUGCUGUCAAAAUGCUCCAUGGAUUUCAUUUUGACAUGGAGAUCGAGCAGAUGAUUUCAAUCAUCCCGAAAGUCCAUCACCCAAAUAUCGUACAGUUGAUUGGCUACUGCCAUGAGAUAGAACAAGUGGUUGUGGAGUAUGAAGGAAAACAUGUAAUUGCUGCCGAAAUACACAACGGGCUGUGCUUCGAGUAUUUGCCAAAUGGUUCCCUUGCCACGUACAUUACACCAGACGACGAGGAUUCUGGACUUGAUUGGCAAACACGCUACAGAAUAAUUAAGGGCACAUGUGACGGUUUAAAAUACCUCCAUGAGGGAUUGAGGAGUCCUAUCAUUCACAUGAGUCUAAACCCUAGCCAUAUACUGAUGGAUGAGAAGAUGACGCCCAAAAUAGCUGGUUUUGGUUCUGCAAGGCUCUUUGGUGUAGAAAAUACCAAUAUAACGAUGAGUCCGUUGGGAACUAUGGGAUACAUGCCACCAGAGUACAUUGACAAACAAGUAAUCUCGAAAGAGUUUGACAUAUUCAGCUUGGGUGUUAUAAUCCUUAAGCUGAUGAAAGGGCAGAAAUCAUAUCAUGAAUGGGAUUUCAUGUCUCCUGAGAAGUUUAUUGAGCUGGUGGCACAUGAAAAAUGGGGGGAGAGGCUACAAAAAACAAUGGACGUCACAUUAGUUGAAGGACAUUUCCAGCAGGUUAAGAAAUGCUUGGAGAUAGCGGUGAGGUGUGUUGAAUAUGACAGACAGAAAAGGCCCACCAUCGGUGAAAUCGUACGUAUGCUGAAUGAAACAGAAACCAGCUUGAUUCCCCAAAUAGACUCUGGGCUGCUUCUUCAUGUCCAUCCCCUUGAGCUGACAUUCAUGUUGUCAAUAUCGUUGGAAGUGCCGAGAAAAAAGAAGGCGGCUUCGAUGUCUUCUAGCUGCUCGCUGCAUCUAGAUAACAAGGGAAACGACCGCGUCGCGUUCCUGCUUGUGGCCAACAGCCCCAGUAGGUACCUGGCAAAGGAUCCACUCUGUGGCGUUGUGCCGCCAAGGUGUAUCUACACCCUCACUCUAACAAUGUGCAAUAAUAAGCAGCAGGCAUUGUCGAUGCCGUCGAUAGAUAGCGGUGCCGACUACUUCACACUGCAUAGCGUUGUGGUGGGCCAAUAUGAGCUCGACAAAGAUACCAUCUCUGCUGAGUACGAAGAAUUUUUCAAGAAAACCAAAGAGAAGGCCGGGCAUGAGGUACAAGAGGUGGCGUUGAAUGUUAUCUGUUGUCAACAACAAGCUGAUUGUGGGACAUCAUCUGAUUCUGAGCCAACUGGGCCCACAGUUGAGAUCAUAACCAAGGCAGAUGCUCUGGAAGUUUCGUCCAUGGAUGUGCAUCCAAUUGAACCUUGGAUUAUGACAACGCAUCGCGCGGGGAGCCUUCGUGUUUGGAACUACAAGACAAUGGCAACGCUGAAGUCAAUUCAAGACGUCACAGAUGAACCAGUAAAUGUGGCUAAAUUUGUCGUACGUGAGAAAUGGAUUGUUGCUGGUGAUCGCAACGGGUGCAUCCAUGUGCACAACUAUGAAGAAAAUGAAGAAGUAGAGAGCUUUUGUGCUCACAGUAGUUGCAUCACAACUUUGGCUGUGCAUCCAACGGAUCCAUUUUUGUUUUCUUCAUCUAAUGAUGCUGGUCACCUGAUCAAGCUUUGGAACUGGGACAAUGAUUGGGAAUGCAAAGAAUUUCAUGGACACGUUGGCACAGUGACGCAAGUAACCUUUAACCCAAAUGACUCCAAUAGUUUUGCUAGUGCUUCCAAGGAUGGCACUGUCAAGAUCUGGAGUAUUUGUUCCGAUGACCCCAGUAAGAUCAUCACAUUGAAAUUGGAUGAGCAUGGGCUCUCUGUUGACUACUUCACACGCAAUAAUCAACAACAUCUGAUCGUGGGAUGUAAUGACAAGACCGCACAGAUAUGGAAAUUGGAGACGAAAGAGCGUGUACAUGAGCUAGAAUCGCAUACAAACCUUAUUAGUGCCGCCAAUUUGCACCCGGAACUUCCAAUAUUAAUCACAGGUUCAUUUGAUGGGACUGUACGCAUAUGGAACUCCAUUACCUACAAGCUUGAGAACGUAAUUGGUUUCCACCUCGGGGCAGUAUAUGCUUUUGGAUGUAUGAAAGGCUCAAGAAGGAUCGUGGUCGGGUGUCACCAGGGAAUAGCAAUGAUGGACAUUUCUUUGCCUUAAACACUAUGUUGCUAUCAGAGCAACACAACAGGAAAACAUCAAGAGCAGAGCAAAUUUAUCAAGUGUUGUUUGCCUACGUUGCUUAUUGAUGACUAAGACUUAAGAUCUGAUUGCAUUCAGGGUUGUGGUUAUAUUGAUAGGGUGUUUUAAUGUAUCCAAUAUAUAUGUUAGAGGCAAAAUAUGUGUAGAAAGCACAUCGGAACUGAUACUCUACAAGCAAAAUAUUUAGUUAGCAGCACUACUGCUGCAUCGCGGUA